AUGAGUGCGGAGAUAUUGAUGUCCAUCCAAAAUGGACUCCUGCUUGAGCGGCAGGGGAAGCUUCGUGAGGCGGAGGAGUGCUUCACGCAGGGCAUUAAUCAACUUCGUCGAGUCGUGGAGAGACCCUCGCUGGGAAACUCACAGAAGAUGGUACUGACGGAGUACAUGGAGGAUGCUGCGCGCCACAUCCUGCGCAUCCGCGCGGCACUUAGAUACCAGCAGCGGCCGCUGCAGCAGCAACAGCAACAGCCAUCGUCGCCGCUGCCUCUGCCAGAGGAUGAAGACUAUCUUGGCUUCUUGGAGGAUUUGCCGGACGAGCUAAAGCGCGAAAAGGGUUCUCCGUCGACCAAACUACCCAAGGAUCCUUCACCAACGUCAACACCUGCAGCGGCAACAACAACACCAUCGUCAACACCUACAGUACCGCAAGCACGGCAGCAGCAACCGCCGCCGCCGCAUCAGCCAAUUGACCCCCUGGCGAAGCAUUUCGCCCCCCGCGCAUCUGAAAUUGUCAUGAAGGCUAUUGACGUGGCCACAACGCUGGCGAGGCAGCGGGAAUACAAGCGAGCUGUGGAUGUGCUGCAGCACGCGUACGAUGUGGGGAUACGGGAGCGCAACAAACCUGGAAACUUCCAGCGGGUUGAAGAACAUCUGCGCCUUUUACGGCGCGAGUAUUAUAAUCACUUCAAGCCGCGCUUCGUACAGGACAACUCGGUGCUGCCGGAGGAGAUGGAAAUCCUAAGGAAGUCCGGCAUCACCGCAACGAUCCUGCUCCCUAUUUGGGACGAUUUGAACGAGGGCUACGGUCGUGAGAAUGUCUUCAUGCCCUGUGAGGGCCACUGGGAGGACUCCUUCACGCCGCGCCUUGAUACAGUGCAGCAGCGUGCGGGGGCGAAGUACCUGCGUAUCAGCGAGGUUAAACCUAACACUGCGCUCAGCAUCAUUCACACUGCUGAUCCGCUGAACGUGAAACAGACAGUUGUGAGUGACUGCUCGAUGGUGUGCAGCCUCAUCAUCUGUGCCUCGUACCAGCAGCGGUUCCCAAAGGGGAAAAUCAUCAAUAACGUCAUCUUCCCCCAGGACAACAACGGGGAUCCCAUUGUCAACCCUAAGGGGAAAUAUUGUGUGAAGAUGCUCAUAAACGGCAUUACACGCCUUAUCACUGUCGACGACCGCUUUCCCGCGAACCCGCGCACUGGGGAGCUGCUCUGCACAUACAGCCGAGACAACACCGAGCUGUGGGCUUCGAUCAUGGAGAAAGCAUUUGUGAAGGUCUGCGGCGGAAGUUACGAUUUCCCCGGGAGCACCAGCAGCAGUGACCUCUACAAACUCUCUGGGUGGCUCCCCGACGGUAUCUCACUCAAUUCGGAGGGAUUCGACCCCAAGCUGCAGUGGAUGCGGCUGUACAAGCGACACGUGGACGGCUCCGUUCUCAUAACGGCCAACACGGGAUCGUUAGCAAAGGAAGUAGAGGAGAGUCUGACGCUUCCUGCCAUGCACGCGUACGCAGUGCUGUCCAUGCAGGAGAUCAAUGGUAUACAUCUGCUACAGCUAAAGAACCCUUGGGCGCGGCGUACCUGGAGUGGGGCGUACUCCUUCAGAGAUAGCAGUGCGGGAGCGAAGGCGGUGCUGUCGCAGGUGCAGCACAACAGCGCGCUGGAGGAGCAGGGCAUCUUCUGGAUCACGUGGGAAGACCUCUGCUCGUACUUUUCGCACUGCAGUCUCAGCUGGAAUCCGUACAUGCUUUUCAAGACGCCAGACGGCAUGUCGCGGCGCCCACUGCGGCUCUCCUGCCACGCCCGCUUCCCUUACACGACAAGUACAGGCCAGACGCCGCAGUUUCAUAUUGGCGUGAUUAAUGCCCCAUCAGCCUCACGCAUGCAUCUUGUUUUCUCGCGUCACAUCACCGACGUGGAGAAGUUUGGAGAGCAGUUCGAAAAAAACAAUCCAAAGGUGCCGUACGUGGCCAUUAAGGUCUACGACGUGACACGAUUCCCAUCCAUUGCGCAGCACAUGGGUGCUCGCUGCACCUUCGGAAUGUGCUACUGCCGCCGACUGGCCCACGGGACGGAGUUGGACGCGCGCCUUGAGCCGCUAAACGAAGUUGUCUACCGAAACAUGGCGGCCCAUACGCAGAGCUUCAAUUGCCCCGCCGGCACGAGUGAUCUGCUCGUCGUUGUCGGUCGCCUGGAAUCUGCUGUGAAGGGGGAGUUUAGCUUUUCGCUAACACUGCACACAGAGUGGCCGCAGAUGAAGCUCAACGCGGCAGAGCCGUCAGCCAGCGGUGUCUACAUGCAUGCCAUCCCCCGCAGUAACCUCAAGCAAUGCACCGUUAAACAGGGGCGUUGGGUAAAAGGGAUGACUUGCGGGGGCAGGAGCAGCACGCAGACGUUUGUGUUCAACCCACAGUACAGUCUGUCGUUAUCAAAACCAUCGAUGCUCUCUGCACGUCUCUGCCUCCCCGAGUGCGAGCUUUCAGCGCAGUUGCAUGUCGUGCGGAAGGAGCAGAACGCGUCCCACGAGAAGGUGAGUUGGGCGGCGCGUGUCGGCUCCAUCAACGUGGAGUGCAGCUUCCUGCUGCAGGCGCCGCUGUACGCUCACGGCGGUGUCGUUAUCGACACGAGUGUGCGGCGUUGCCUCGCCUUCGACACGAAGCGGCUGCUCGGCGAGCAGCAGAAGGACGCGCCACCAUCGGAGCCGCUGCCGCUUCUGCCAGCCGGCGACUACACAAUUGUGCCAGCGCAGUGGGAAAACGGCGUGCCGGCGGAGUUUGAGCUUGUUGUGGAGACGACGGAGCCGCACGAGUUGCGUGAGAUCCCCGCGGAGGGUGACGGCUUCACCAAGACAACGCUGUACGGACAGAUGACGGGUGGCACUGUCACCGCUCCUGCCGCUGCUGCGUCUAUGCCAAAUGCCAGCGAGUACUUUUCUAGCAAUAGCAAGGCGUCCUUUAUCGCCUCCUCACCGGGUGUGGUGACGGUGCGUCUGCUGCUGCUGCUCGGCGCGGAAGGCGAAGCGGAGAGUGGCGUUGCCGCUAACGUGAGUCUCUUCCGCGCGGAGAGUGCAGUCGCAAUGGCACUCGUCGCCACGUCGGGACCAUAUGACCCCUGUAGUGCCGCACUCCCGCCGGUGAAGGUGGAGGCGAAUGUUACGUACGUUCUAGUUGUGUCCUCCUCUAAGCCUUCUUCCGCAAAGUACGUGCUGCGAUUCUAUUCCAGUUGCCCAUUGAAGGUCCAGCCGCUCUAA